GUAAGAGCUCGCCAACAAUUACAUCCACUUUCAUUCGAUAAUGGAAUCGUACACUCGUGUUCUGCUAAACCAUUGUUUAAUUAUUCAUGUAUUCACCUUCCCCGUAGUACAUGGUCCAUAAAGAAAAGUUCAUCCCUCUCUGAAAGUAGACAUAUAAUAUGAUCCAUCAUGAAACCUACACCGCUCAGUACCGUUUCUUAGCCGCACGCGAGUACAUUGCAAUCAUGAACAUUUCACCUGCGCCGGGAAUAUUUCAACCCAAGCCGGUUCGUGUUUCGCAGCUACCGCGCUAUCGAAACCGCCAACAAAACAGAACAACCUUCGGCAAAGCCAAGGGAAUUGGUCAGCUCGUGUGGGAUGCUGUACGCGAUACGUUCUACGACUUUGCGUCCAUGUCCAAAAUCCAUGGCAUGUACUAUCUGCAGCGACAGGUUACAACCGGAUUCGUGCGACUGCUUUGGAUCGCCAUCAUUGUAGCCUUUUUCGUCUUCGGCAUCGUACUGAUCUACCUGCUGUGGCAGAAGUUUGUCGAUUCGCCGACGCGUAUGACGAUUGCGUCCGAGAUGAAGAUCGUACAAGUUCCCUUUCCCGGCAUAACCCUGUGCCAUCCCCAGAGUGUGGUCGACUAUAAGGCGGAACGAUUCAUAGAAAAGAUCAAACUGCCUCUCGGUGCGACGAAAGAAUCGGUGCUCAAAAAUCUACCUUCGCUGGGCUAUUUCACCGAGCAUCAGUGGACCUUUCCCAGGCCGCAAGACUUGCGGAUGAUUGACAACGUGCUGCAGCUGAACAACUACACCAUCGAGCAGGCCAUCGAUGAGCUGGGCAUGAUUUGUGAGGAUUUCAUACUGGUGUGCUACUGGGCGGGCAAGCAGUUCCCCUGCUUUUCCAAACACGCAUUCCUCGGGUGGAUAGGUUCCACGAGCCAUUACGGUGCGUGCUGCUCCUUCAACUAUCACCCCAACGUGCGCGGAAACAAGGACCCGUUCGUUGUCAAUACGUACGGCAUGCACGGGGGCCUGAGCGUCAUCGGCACCGGCUACCCGCAGGCAUCGGACGGCAAAUCUGGGGCACUCUACUCGGAAGGCUUUAUGCUCAUGAUACACCAUCCGCACGAUUUCGCCGUCGAGGCGUCUCCACUUACCUUGAUACGCUUGGGUAAGGAGACGUUCGUUAAUGUUCUACCGACGGACUCGCGCUGCUCGGAGCAGGUCCUAGCACUACCGCAAAGCCAGCGAGAUUGUAUCGUCGGGAGCGACUUCACUCCGCCGAUCGAAAGGUACCGCCAGCCAGCAUGCACGCUCGAAUGCUUGCGGAACGAGGUGCACCGAAAGUGCGGAUGCCAUCCGUUCCAUCUGCCCCGACCGAUGGUCGGUCGUAAUGGGCAGGGUAUUAGAAACUGCACUGUCUACGAUUCGAUGUGUUUUGUAGAAAAUUACUAUAUGUUUAAAAGAUUGCAAUGCAAUUGCCUACCGUCGUGCAGUGAUGUGACUUACAAAACGGCCUCGAUUGUUUCCAACUUUUCUGCCUACAACUUUUCGAUUAAUCCGUUUUAUAAAGAAACGAAUCUCACCGAUUUUGAGUUCAUUUUCCACAUCUUUAUGAGCAAUCAGGUCGUGGCAGCCAACAGAAGAAUUGUCGUUGUGUCGUGGAUUUCGCUUCUGUCCAAUCUUGGUGGAGCAUUCAGCUUGUGUCUUGGCAUUAGCGUUCUCUCCUUGUUUGAAGUGUUGUUUUUCUCUAUUUUUCGUUUGAGAAAAAGGUAUCAUAAACUAAAGCAGCGCCAGGAGCAGCAGAUCAAGCUUGUUGCUCCCUUCGCACGGUUGCAGAAAUUUUGAACUCAGGGAUUUGUUUCGUGACGGUCUUAAUACAAUGUUUUGUUUGUUUGUUUGUUAUUUUGCAAAUAAUGAUUCAACAGUUUUUGUUUAUGUUUUGAUUGUACUGGUAUUAACUUUUAUUUUGUGUUACAAUUUUCGUCGUGGUAAGAAAUUAUACCAGCAAAAUUCAUGCAUCGCACCAAUGCUACUAAUUUCACACUACACAUUUUAUAUGAUGAGGUAGAAGCAUUUAUCAUUGCAUAUCGAUUAACAAUUCUUCUUGCUUGGAAAGAAACACAAACGAACAUACUUUGUAGUGAUUGUUGUGUGGUGUUGUAAUUUUUAUUGUUGAAUAAUUUGUUUUACGUCUGUCUACGUAACUACAUGCUUUCACGUCACUAACAAACUAGUUUAAAAAAAA